CGAACAACCUCUCGCCGCACACAAUAAAACAAUAAUAUCAAGAUUUAUUGCCCGGGACACGCGUAUUUGUCGACAAAACGUUAGUUUUACCUCCAAUCCAUUGAAUAUUAGCAACUCUUUGAGCGGCAAUCGCGACCGCUUUCCACGGUGCGCCGGUUGAGCGCAACAGCCAAGUGCCAACAUAACGGGGCGGGAGACCGGCCGAUCGAGACGUGUGUAUCGCAUGCGCUUGCGCACCGAAGACGCGCGACCACGCGAUCACAACACCGCGUAUUUGUGACAACCGACUGUUUAUUACGAAAAUUUUUAUGUAAAGUGUGUGCUGUGUUGUUUCAUUGGAUUAUUUGUCGUGCUUCGUGUGUUUUGUUGGUGGACGAGCGCACUCGGCCCAGGUACACUUGACUGGGUACAGAUAGCAGUGCACAUCCUUCGUCCCGGGAGCCCAGCACGUCCCACGGGAUAACACGGUACCGUCCUACAGAGAUGCGGUGUGUAAGCUAGCGGGUGGGUAGUCCGGCGGCAUGGGCCAGGCGGGCAGCGCGCCACAGCGCGCCCGCCAUGUCAGCACGCUACCACACGACCCGCCAAGGCUCGCACCCAAGGUAUUGCCGUCGCCGCCCCAGCCUGGAUGUCUACGCAGCACUGACAAUGGCCUCAUCCUGCACUCGGGAGGGACUAUCAGCGGGCGACGGCCUACCUCCUCCCUUCUGUCCGCUGAUUCACAUCAGCACACGAGUGUGUACCGCUCCCGCUCAGCGGGCGGCGCUGGCGACGGUGAGCUCCGCGCGCGAGAACGCGACCCGCUCCACCGCUCGCACACCAACCUUGACCUACGACAUAAUGACGGUGGAUUGAAUAAAAGGUUUGGAUCAGAACCUGACCUCAGGGUUGAAGAGGAACAGAAAGCGAGAAACAACAAGCAUUUUAGAAAAAAGUAUAGAGCACCUCCACCACCUCAUCAUGAUCAAUUCGAGGGUUCGUCACCGGAUUCCAGCGAUGGGAAUGCGAGACAAGAGCCCCAAAGAAAACUUAGAUUAUUUAAAACGAGAAACGAAACUAAAAAACUCAACGGUCACGAAAACAAAUUACCUUAUAGGGGAUCAUACAUAGAGUACAAGUCUUUGGAACUGAAUGAUAAUCAGUUCGAAAGGCGAUAUAGGUCCCCUUGCAAGGACAGGGAACAACACUUUAAAUACCCGGAUAACAAGGACAUGGUUCAGAGUACCACGUCACUGAAGAGAGAGGAACGGUUGCUGCAGAUGAGACAUGACUAUAAGAAGACGAGAACCGACAGGGUUAGUGGAUGCAGGGCAAAGACGGCUAAGACCAGUGAACAUAGCGAGGCAUGGAAGACACCACUUUUGAACAGGAAUUUCCGGUAUUCAGAAAGGUUUAAAAAAGAUGACAACGAACUACCAACAUUGAGGAGAGAAAAGACUUUCGACGAAACCUUAUUAGCCAGUGAAAGGGAAGCCGAAUCUCCAAGAGCAAUACACGAGAACAAAAUGAAAGCGGUGGGUGACCAACUUAAAGGCAAGCUGAGUCCACUGGCACAAACCAGUAUGCCAUUGAGGAAAUCUCUUCCUUCACUAUUACAUAAAAAUAAUGAAGAAAAAGAUGAAUUUCAAGCGGAACUGAAGAAAGCAACGAGUAGGAUAAGAAACGACAUAAACAGUAAGGUUAAUGUUAAUAAGAAAACUAGUCACAACGAUGUAGCAGCGCGAGCAGCCAACCCAACGAAACCACAGAACAAAGUCACAGAGUCUAGUCGAACAAAUAAGAAUAACGAAACAAAAGUUAACAGCAGGCGGCCGCCGAGCCGCAGCAGUGAAAUAAGACCAAAAACAAACGCACAAAAUGAUGUUAAGUCGAAAGCAGUUGUUAAUCAACCCAAAUUAAACGGCAAAGAGAAUGGAAGGACAAUGCCUGAUCGGGGACAGGCGUCAGGCAAAGAAUCCACUCCGGAGCAUUCUCCAACCAGAGAAAAGGAAACACCUAAACCGAUAACAAGCCAACCAGCGAGUGAUAAUCAAAAACAAGCUCCAUCAAAGCAAUUCUACUUCGGCAUGAUAGAGAACAAGCAGCUGGAAGCUAAGGACCAUUUAAAAGACUUCCCUGGACUGGGAAGUCCCAUCAUUGAGGAGUUCCGGGAUUUCCAUCUCAUAGAACAAAAACUCCUUAGCUACCACAACGAGGAAGACGAAAUCGACAAGUUCAAGUCACAGUUGAAGGAAGAAAAGAAGAUUAUUAAGAAUUUAUCAUCAGAGUCCGCGCUAUCAUCAGAAGGCUCGGAAGGUGAAGGGUCGGACGGAUCCCUGGGUAUUGCGGUGCGGUUACGACCUACUCUGCCCAAGAAGCAGUUGUCGAUGCCGCGGUUCUCCCCGGCCGCUGCCUGGAGACAGCUUGCCAGCCUCGACGCGCAUUUUGCAGCUGAGCGGCAGCCUCUCUCUCUGGCAGUGGAAACAAAGAUGUCGGGCGAGGUGCCACCGGAGUCGUCUCCACGGUCCGAGCAGUCAGCUGACAAGUCGGGUGACUCUGGUAUCUCAGGCGACCACGCGCAUAGCGACCAUAGGGUCGACUCGCCGUCGAGACACCAUGCAACAGAUACCACUCCAGCAUGGACUCCUCAGCAGGAUCUGGGUGACAGCAGUUCAGACGGCGCGGGAGCGGUUCAACUACACGCUGACUCCCCCACGGUCGCCACAUACAGCCCCGGGGCGCAGCCAUUCAGCCUAUCGCUCCCCCGGGACAGUCAGGACAGAGGCAAACAGAUACAGCAGGGCUUUAACAGUCUUCAGAAGUUCAGGAAGUCAGUGUCAGGUGCUUUGGGCGCAGCGUUAGGUUCCAGAAGGUUCGAUUUAGAACAUGAGCCGAUGCUGGAAGAACCUGAGCAGAACUGGUUCUUGACGAAGUCGGCACCGAAUUCAUUGUCAAAUCCACUUUUGUACCAGCAGCCUGCAAGGGCCACGGACUGUGAGGAUAUCAAGGAGGAGUCAGUGAUGCCUUCUGAUAAGGAGGAACCGACAUCGUGGCGGCCUGGCACGUCAUAUUUAUCCUGGGGUGGUCACGUGAUGUACCUGCCACCAGCGCCGGCCGCGGAGCAGCCCCUCUCCAUGCUUGGGCCUAUUGACAGACCUGUCAGGAGCAAAUCGAGCGGGUGCCUGGAGGCGGCGGCGCGAGCGGCGCGCGCGGCUCGCGUGCCGUCCCACGAGAUGCGUGAGCGAGACCGCUCCGCCUCCCCUGAAGUGGCCAGGGCGCUGCCCGCCAGGGUCGAGCCGGCUGCCACGCGUCCAACGAACGCGGGCGGUCGGAGUAAGCGAUUCACAUUUCAGUCAACAGUGAGACAGCUGGAGCGAAGACGAUUAGCUGAGAAGCUGUCCAAGGAGGCGGACUUGAAGGAACAACAGCGGAAAACUGAACAAGAAGCUAUGAGGAGGGUUGAAGAGGAAUUCCAACGCAAACGCGCGAGGGAAAAGGCGAACAUCCGACAACAGCUGAGAUUGGUGAGCAGUGGCGCUGCCAGCAUGCCCGCCCCCACCACUAACAACGCAAAGACAAGGGACGAGCCUGAUGGUUCAUGCCGGGAGUCGCCGGCGCCGGAGAGGACGCGCGAGAGGCAGAGGCACAGUAACGCCUCCUCGGAGAUCAGUGGGAGGAGCAAGAGCACUACACCGAUCCGUUGUGUGGAGCUGUCGGAGUGGCGGUGCGAGGGCGCGCGCGUGUACCGCGACUGGGCCGCGCCGCCUGCGCACACGCACCCACCUGCUUGCGCGCGCAUGCCCAUGUCCGCGCACGUCAUCUGCAACGCAGCAGAAACCGAGGCGUUUAGCGGCAGCCCCCGCUCCGACAACUACCGGCUGGAGUUCGCGCGCGGCCGCUCGCCCCGCACGCCGCGCGCGCCGCGCCUGCUGCCCGUGCCGCGCUCGCCCUCCACCUCGGGCUCCGAGCUGUCGCUACGGCAUCCCAUCAAGAUCAGGUGGUGAAAUAGUCGCGGUGUAGAGCUAAUGUCUAACACUAACCGCCCGCGCCGCGCCCUGAGCCUACCCUGAGGCCGGGACCUACGCGACCUACCGUCGCCAUCCGCUGACCAAUCUACAUUUUGUACAUUAUAUACUUAUUUAUUUAAAAUUACUUCUAUC